GCCAUCGUCUUCACCACCACCACAGUCGUCUGCAGUUUUUUUCAGCGGCAGAACGGCUGUUCGAUGGCGGCCUUGCGCUUGGUAUCUGCUCUACCGUGUAAACACCUUGCUUCUCGAUAUGUUUCCCCUCGUACCCUCAUAGCCAGCAGAGGUCUCGCGACAGCAAAAUCGCCGUCGUCACUCUUUGCAGCACUCGACACGUUUCCUGACCGUCAUAUCGGACCUGACGAUGGCGAAGCGUCUCUUAUGCUCUCUAAGCUUGGCUAUGAAUCUAUGGAUGCCUUUGUUCAGGAGACGGUGCCCCCGCAGAUCAGGGUGCCAGCCACCUCAAUGACAGACGAAGUCAUCGGUUCGCUGAGUGAGGCUGAGCUAAACAGGAGGGCGAAGCAGUUGGGCGCGGCGAACAAGCCUUUCAAGAGUUAUAUUGGCAUGGGCUAUCAUAACGCAGUCGUGCCACCGGUCAUUUUGCGCAACGUUAUGGAGAAUCCUGCUUGGUAUACUCAAUACACGCCGUACCAACCGGAAAUCGCUCAGGGUCGACUCGAAUCCUUGGUCAACUUCCAAACGAUGAUCAUGUCCCUAACGUCAAUGCACAUCGCAAACGCUUCCCUGCUUGAUGAAGCGACAGCGGCAGCAGAAGGCAUGGUCAUGGCUUUCGUCUCAUCCGGUCAAAAGAAGAAAACCUUCCUCGUCGAUUCCAACGUAUCAGCACAGACUCUCAGCGUCUUGCGCACACGAGCAAAAGGCUACGGUAUCGGUCUCACGGUUGGCGAUGUGACUUCCUCUCUCAAAGAUGAAGCCCUCCGCGCCACCCUGUGUGGUGUCUUGGUUCAAUACCCGGACGUUAACGGAAGCAUCAAGGAUUACAGCAAGGUCGCGGAAGUCGUCCAUGCCUCUGGCGGUCUCGUCGUGGUAGCCUCUGAUCUGCUCGCGCUUACGAUGUUGAAGCCACCGGGAGAAUGGGGUGCUGAUAUCGUCUUGGGUAACUCGGGACGAUUUGGCGUCCCGGCUGGUUACGGCGGCCCACACGGUGCUUUCUUCGCUUGCACGGAGAAGCUGAAGCGCAAGAUGCCCGGUCGGCUUAUUGGUCGUAGCAGAGAUGUUACCGGUCAACCUGCAUACCGUUUGGCCCUUCAGACUCGCGAACAGCACAUCCGAAGGGAGAAGGCGACCAGCAACAUCUGUACCAGCCAGGCUCUUCUCGCGAAUAUGUCGGCAAUGUACGCGGUUUACCACGGGCCUAAAGGGCUCCAGCGCAUCGCUACCAAGGUACACGGUCUUACACAGCUGCUCAAGAGCACCGUCGAGGGUUACGGGUUCAAAGCCACAAACGACGGUUUCUUCGACACCCUUACGCUCGAUGUGAGAGGUGCGGCACAGAGUGCGGAGCACGUUCAUGCCGCCGCAGCGGUGGCUGAGAUCAACCUUCGUCGGAUCGAUGAGGCUCAUGUCGGCAUCACCCUGGACGAAAGUGUUGGCCCUGUUGACUUCUUGCGCAUCGUCAACGCGUUCGCUUCGGCAGCCGGGUCUCCCGCCGUUACUCUGGAUUCGUUGUCCUCCUCUGUUAGCGGUUCCGCCAUUCCUCAGGCCCUCAUUCGUACUUCAGAGUACCUUCCCCAUCCGGUCUUCAAUACCCACCACUCCGAAACCGAAAUGCUGCGAUACAUACACCACCUCCAGUCCAAGGAUCUCUCGCUCGUGCAUACUAUGAUCCCGCUCGGUAGCUGCACCAUGAAGCUCAACAGCACGAGCAGUAUGAUUCCGCUCACCUGGCCCGAGUUCGGUUCUGUUCAUCCGUUCGCUCCUCUCGAUCAGGUUCAAGGAUACCUCGAGAUGAUCAAGGAAUUGGAGACAGAUCUCUGCAGAAUUACCGGUUUCCACGCCUGUUCGUUGCAGCCCAACUCCGGUGCCGCGGGGGAAUAUGCUGGACUCAGCGUGAUUAAGGCGUAUCAUGAGUCUCGAGGCGAGGGCCAUCGCGAUAUCUGCCUGAUUCCUGUCAGCGCGCAUGGUACCAAUCCUGCGUCCGCACACAUGGCUGGUUUGAAAGUUGUCCCUAUUAAGUCUCUUCCGGACGGUAGCCUCGACCUUGCGGACUUGAGGUCAAAGGCCGAGCAGCACAAGGAUAAGCUCGCUGCCUUCAUGAUCACUUACCCCUCGACGUUCGGAGUCUUCGAGAACGGUGUCCAAGAUGCCUGCAAAAUCAUUCACGAUAAUGGCGGUCAAGUUUACCUCGACGGUGCCAACCUCAACGCUCAAAUCGGAUUGACGAACCCAGCCACUUGUGGUGGCGACGUUUGCCACAUGAACCUGCACAAGACCUUUGCGAUCCCACAUGGCGGAGGUGGCCCUGGUGUUGGUCCAAUCUGCGUUGCUGAACACCUCUCACCCUUCCUUCCCUCGCACCCCAUUGUCGCAACCGGAGGCGACAAGGCCAUCGAUGCCGUCGCCGCUGCGCCCUAUGGCAGCGCCUCUAUUCUCCUCAUCUCCUGGGCCUACAUUAAGAUGCUCGGUGGUCAAGGCCUCGCCGAUUCGUCCAAGAUCGCUCUCCUCAACGCGAACUACAUGGCCCACCGUCUGUCGGGCCACUACAACCUGAGGUACAAGAACGCGAAUGGACGUGUGGCUCACGAGCUGUUGAUCGAUUUAGCGGAGUUCGACAAGGCGGCAGGGCUCAAGGUAUCGGAUUUCGCGAAGAGGUUGCAGGAUUAUGGGUUCCACCCUCCGACGUGCUCUUGGCCUAUCUCGACGUGCAUGUUGAUUGAGCCUACGGAAUCUGAGACUCUCGAGGAGAUCGAUAGGUUCUGUGAGGCUAUGAUCAAAAUCAGGCAAGAGGCCGAGGACAUCAUCCAGGGCAAACAGCCCAAGGAUAACAACCUACUGAAAAACGCACCACACCCCAUCUCCGUCAUCGCGCUCUCCGAAGAGGAAUGGAGCCGGCCAUACUCGCGCGAGACGGCUGCGUACCCUGUUCCAUGGCUUCGGGAGAGGAAGUUCUGGCCGACCGUUUCGAGGGUGGACGAUGCUUAUGGCGAUUUGAAUCUCAUCUGCGAUUGCCCUUCGGUCGAGGAGACCGCUCACGAUUUCUCUUAAUCUAUUCAUCGCUUCAUGACCUGCAUGCUACUUAGAUGUCCUAGACGGCUUCACAUAGCCUACUCCCACAUCUACAUACCUACCCUACACUUGCUCAACCAACCCAAACCAACAUCACACCGCUCCGUAGAGGAGUCGCCUCUCAUCAGGCGUAAUUUCGCAAUCGCUCGCUUUGUUGUAUACUAUGGUCGUCUUUUUUGGGUUGUUUUAGAACGUUCAACACGAAUCCUCUUGGAAUGCAUGCUCGUAGACAGAUGUUCACGGCAUACUUACCUUGCGUGUCUGCCUAGUUACUUCAAUGCAUCUUAAUUGUA